GCCAAUGAUGAUAAGGUUCUAAGGGAAAACAUGUCCAGCAUUUCCUCCUUCUGUAUUUGUUGAGAGAGCAAACGAGAGAUGGCAGAAGUUGGUCAUUUGGUAUCAGCAAGACUUAUUAAGCUUCCUACUGUAAAGCCAGCAAACCCGAAACCCUCUCAAUUGGUGCCUCAUUCAUUCAAAAUCAGAGCUGCUUCAAAAAGAAACUCUUUCUCUCUGAGCAACAAAAAGAACAGCAGGAGUCUGAUCAAAAUAUCAACAGCAGAUGGGAGAUGGCAUGGGAAUUGGUGCUGCGAUUACCUUCUCUCCCUCCAUGACCUGCGUUUGGAAGAUUUGAUUGAAGAUGAAAAUGAAAAGGAUGCACAAGUUUCAGUUAAUCUCUGCGUCCAGAAGCAUGCUAGCUUUGGCUUCUCUGUUGAUGGAAAGAUCAUGACAUCAUUCACCAGAAAAUGUAGCAACUGCUCUUCUCCAUACUGCAGAAAGAUCAACACACAAUUUAAUGUAUGGGUUCUGUCGUCAAGCAGAGACGAGCACACAAUUCAACUGCCUGAGAUCGGUGGUGACGAUCCAUCAGUAAUCUAUGUGAAGCCUGGAAAUGAAGCUGAACUCGAUUCGCUGAUACAGGACACGAUACGGCUUGCCACCUCCAUAAAAGAUACUUGUUCAGAGCUGUGUGAGAAAUCUUAUCCAACUGUAGAGUAUAUUGGUGGACAAAGCACUGCUUCUAUUGAUAAGAGGUGGUCUAGACUCUUGGAGCUAAGGGAUUUGCAAUGAUAUGCAUAAAAUUGGAGGAAUUGUUCUAUCUACAUCUAUGGUGUGUGUUUAUAUCAGUGUAAAUAGUAUUUUGUAAAGACAAUGAAGAGUUUUAUUAUCCACAAUUAAAGGAAAAGAUUGUAAAGGUGAUGCUCUUAACAGGCGUUGGAUGGAACCAGAAGAAGAGAAGCCGAGUUCUAAAUGAAGAAUACAAUGUGAAGGAUAUUUUAUACAACAUACUUCCUCAUUUGAAGGCUGCCAAAGGAAGAUUUGAGUCUUGAUUUGUCAAGAUUAACUUUGUUUAGGUCAACGUAAGAGCUUAUGAGCAUCUCUUGUUGUUAAUGGUCAUUUCCUCUUGGAAGGUGUAUAAUGAGCAAUGGGGAGUAGGGGUGACAAUUUUAAAAAGAA